CUAUUUCAAAAUACUAUUGUGUGAAAUUUGAAAGUAAAAAUAAAUUAGAUUCAUUUUGAUGAACCAAUAUGCAAAAUGAUGAAAUUUCUGAAAAAGUUUAUGCUGCUGAAUCUAUAUUAAAAUCAAGAAUUAAUAAAGGUAAAGCUGAAUACUUGGUAAAAUGGAAAGGGUGGAAUUAUAAAUUUAACACAUGGGAACCUGAGAACAACAUCUUAGAUAUGCGAUUGUUGAAAAAUUUUAAAAACAAGCUCAAAAGGAUAAAGAAGGAAGCUUUAAACAGAAACAAGAAUGGGGAUACAAUGAAAAGUAUUGUGCCCAAGACUAAGAGAUUAUAUGAAUAUGAAGAAAGGCAUUUGGACCAAAAUAUUUCAGAAGAUAAAUAUGAUACAAAAAAUGAAGAUAACAAUAAUAAUGUGAAGUCAAAUAAAAAAAUUGAUGCUAUAUAUAAUGACAAUAUAAUCUUAAAUGAUUAUGCAGAUAAGGAUGGCAGAGAUAAUUAUAGUGGGAUUUCUUGUAAUCAUAAAAACAAUAAUGAGCAAAAUGAAAUGAUCAAUACUGAAAAAAUCCUUAAUGACUCUUGUCUCUUAAAUAAGAUAACUAUCACCGAUGUUACUUCUAACAAGCUUACUGUUACAAUAAUGGAAGCUCCAAUCAAUACAUUUAAACAAUAUUUACAAUGAUUAUUUAUUUAGAAUUUUUUAAAUUUAUUCAUAUUUAUUUAUUUAUAUUAUAUAAUUAUUUUGAAUAUAAAUUUUAAACAACAUUUAUGUAAA